AAUUAACUUGUGCAAAAAAUAAAGCUAAGGGAAGAAAAAGAAGAAUUAAAAGUGCUCAUGGACAAAGGACGCCUUUUAUAUGCUUCGUUGAAGAAAAAUUAAAGUAAAAAAGAGGACAGAUGAAUGCCAAUGGCACUCCUCAUUGUCGCUGCUGCUGCCAUUUUUGAGCUCGGUGGGUUUUACAAGUUGGGGCGGAUAAGGGUGGAAUUAAAACUAAAAGACUCAAAGAUGCGGGCGCUCCUCUUUUUCUGGAUUGUUCCUUCGACGUUUGUAUGUAAUCUCAACGACGCCAAAGCAACCAAUCAGCAAACGAAGCUCAACAAUACAAAACGCAGUCAAAUGGCCACGGGGGACGCCCCGCCUUUGUCACGAGAACGAGUGCAUAUAUUUUUUGUAGCUUUAGAGCUUGCGGAAUAGUUUCCCUUGCACUAUUUUUUCUUUUACGUUUCCGCACUCUAUUAAUAGUUACUUGGCGCAGUUGCGGAAAUCAUGACGUAGCGAACUUGUGUGAACCAAUAAAAAACCUCAUAUGAUUGAUCAACUAACAAGAACAGGAAAACUAACUGAAGAAAGGUGUG